AUGUCCAAAAGAGAACCAAAUGAUCGGAACGAACGAAAGUUGGAUUCCAGUGAUUAUGAAAACAUCAUUUCACAACACAGUUUAUUUGAUGGAUCUAGAACUAAACAACAAGAGUUGCCAAGUUUCCCAGGAUACUCGAACGCGGAAACACAAACUAAAACAAGUGAUAUCAAAGGUCAGUCUGCACAAGCUGGUUUAGCUACCUGGCCCUAUAAUCCCUGGUGGAUGCUGGCUAGUACCUCAAGGAGUGCUCCAUCACAAGAUGACUUUUCUGAAGGAAGUGAUCAAACAAAAGUAAAACAAGAGCCUAGUGGUGCCGGUACACCAGACCAUGAUCCAAUUCAGUCUGAUACAGAACAAUUCCCAACAGCUACCCCACCAGCUGGAUUAGACUCCUUUUGUGAUGACUGUUCUGACCCUUUUUGCGAUUCCAGUACAUCUAUAUGUCGAAAACUCUUUCAUUGCCCCCAUUGCAGAAAGAGUUACCCAACUAUUCUCGAAUUUAACACACAUUUAACUGGAGUGCAUCCAGCUCAAAAACCAUUCCGCUGUCAGAUUUGUUUAGAACCAUUUCACAAGAAAUCACAUUUACGUAGACAUUUGGAUUCUAGCCAUUCUCGUAAAGAUGUGAAUAAAUGUGCAGUCUGCUCAAAAUAUAUAAAAGAUAAAAGUAAUCUCCGGAAACAUAUGCAAGUACACACUGGUCGAGUACCACAAAAACAAUUUAAAUGUGACCUAUGUAAUAACAAGCGUUAUAUGUCACUUGACAGGUUAAAUAAUCACAAAGUGGUCUGUACUGGUGAAAAAACAUUAAAAUACUGCGACAUGUGUACUAAGGUUUUUGACAAUUCAAGAUCACUGAAUAGCCACAUGAAAGUCCACGCAAGAGAGUUGAAGUGUGAAAAUUGUGGAGAACAGCUUCGGUCUUUAGAGCAAUUUAAUAAUCAUCAGUUGGUUUGCAUUUCAAACACAUCGGAGAUAGAAGGUAGUGCAUCAACCAGCACCAGUACUGCUGUAAGCCGUUGUUGCACCCAACCUGGCCUGUGUGAGCAUGAUAAACCUGCAUAUUUAAAUAUACCUAGCUACGCCGCUAACCGGGUCUUAGAUGCCACUCUGUCAUCUUUAAAAUCUGAAAUGAACUGA